CCCCGGCGGCCCCGGCAGCGCCCGCGCCGCACAUCCGGGGCGCGGCGGGAGCUACCGCUGGAGCGGGGGGAAUUGCCGCUGGAGCGGGGGGAAUUGCCGCUGGAACAUCCGGGGCGCGGCGGGAACUACCGCUGGAACGGGGGGAAUUGCCGCUGGAACAUCCGGGGUGCGGCGGGCAGCGCCGCUCCCCGCUGGAGGAUCCGGGGCUGCGGCGGGCAGUGCCGCUGCCGGGGACCGCGGCGCCCCGCGGGGCGCAGCAUGGAGAGCCCCGCGGUCACCUUCACGCUGGCCUACCUGGUGUUCGCCGUGUGCUUCGUGUUCCCGCCCGACGAGGUGCGCUCGGCGGGGCUGACGGUGCAGAGCUUGCUGUCCGGCUGGCUGGGCAGCGAGGACGCGGCCUUCGUGCAGUACCACCUGCGGCGCAGCACCGGCACGCUGCUGGCGCACUCGCUGCUGCCCCUGGGUUAUUACCUUGGCAUGUGCUUUGCUGCACCUGAAAAACAUCUUUGUUUUUUCUACCUGGCUUCAAAAGAGUGGAAAACUUUCUUCUUCUUCGCCGUUCUCCUGCCAGCAAUCACCAGCGCCCUGGCGUAUUACUGGUCUCGGAAAGGCUGGAAUAAUCACCCUCUGGCCCGGACACUCGCUGUUCACGCUCUCCCGCAGUCGGGUUGGAGGGCAGUAGCCUCUUCCAUCAACACGGAAUUUAGGAGAAUUGACAAAUUCGCCACCGGAGCGCCAGGAGCCAGGGUGAUCGUUACGGACACGUGGGUGAUUAAAGUGACCACCUACUGUUUGCAUGUUGCCCAGCAGCAGGACAUUCACUUGACGGUGACAGACUCCAGACAGCACGAGCUCACACCAGACUCCAAUGUGCCUGUGCAGUUCCUCACCAUCCGAGUUGCCAGUGUCAAUCCCUACGUCAAGGCAUUCGACAUCCGGUUGAACUCCACAGAGUAUGGGGAGCUCCGGGAGAAGCUCCGUGCUCCUAUCAGCAAUGCAGCUAAUGUUGUGAUCCAUCAAAGCCUUAGUGAUCUAUUUUUAGAAACCUUUACAUCUCUGGUGGAAAUAAACCAGACAUACCAUGUUCCAAGCACUCAGGAGCUGGAGCCAUGCAUAGGGUGUAUGCAGACAAUUGCCAACAUCAAGCUGAUCAAGAACUGCCAGGAGCCGAACGAGGGGGAAUGCCAGCAGUGCUACUGCCGGCCCAUGUGGUGCCUCACCUGCAUGGGCAAGUGGUUUGCCAGCAGACAGGACCAGCAGCACCCAGAGACCUGGCUGGCCAGCCAAGUGCCUUGCCCGACUUGCCGAGCCAAAUUUUGCAUUCUAGAUGUUUGCCUAAUACGAUGAGUAGUAACUUGGGUAUGUUUUAACUUUUUUAAUUUGACUGUUUCAUAGUGGGUUUGGUUAAAGGCCUGCUAGAUCUGUUUCUGAGACUUCAUGUUCUACCAGGGUACAAACUCUAAAGGUUUAUUUUACAGUGUUGAAAACAGAUGUAAAUAUUUUCAGUUCCUUUCCACUUCUACCUAUAUCUGGAUUUUACUCACCUGAAGUCAGCUUCUGGAUUUUAAUUUUGUUUAAACCCCUGUUUUCCUUUCUUACAUUUUGGAUGGAAUAAGGUUAUCCUUCUAUAUUUGAAGUACUGUUGUUUUUUUCAGGUUUUAAUGUAGGUUAAAUUCUUUACAUUUUUAAAUUUAACUUGGGUUUUGAUUCUUUAAUAAAGGGCUAACUGAGAAAAUUGUUUUGGUUAGAAUUCAUUGAUACUUCUGUUAUUCUUUAAUCCAGUUGUUAAUCUAUUAAUCUUUGCAGUUGUUCUUCAAACAAGUGCACCAGAUGUGUUCCUUCAGCUGGAAGUAGCUAAUUCCACUACAGCUGCUCACAAAGGGUUGCAGUAGGCUAAGAAAUGUAAUUCCUGAAGAUUUACAAGUCCUGUAGGGACCUUAUAUUCCAUUAAUUUGCCUCUAGCAUACUUUUUGAUGGAUGUCGUUAUUUCAACCAACAGAAGGAUUUGUCAACCCAUUUACCUACAUAGUUAGAUACUGCUGGUUUCUAGGAACUACAUUGCUUAGUGUUUCAAUGUUCUUUAGGAGAUGGGGCUUCUUUAACAUACAUUUGAAGGGAGUGCAGCAAAUAUCUGAGCUUUAAUUUGUAAUUUCAAAUCACAGGUGGGUCAAAUAGAGAAAGGAAUACUUUAAAGCUUUGGUCUACAAGAAUAAAAGCUCUUUAAUACCUCCCACCUAAAUAAUCAAAAGGACCUUACCAGUAAAUUAUGGGCAGAGGUGGCAUGCCAGUUAUUAUAUGACAACCCCUUGAUUACCAUGACGGGCAACUGGUUUGAGCAGGAACAGGUGGCAGGAUGUAAAAAUGGUACAAUUUUGGAAGCACAACCAUGAAACAUUUCAUAAGCCUCAGUUGAUCUACAGAGAAUGGGUGUGAGUGGUUGAAUGCACCCAUCUGCACUUGGAGCCAGCCAGGAAAUGGUUACAAGUGUGGCUGCAAGCAAGAGUUCAUACAGGGGUAAGGAACUGAAGACGGAUCUGACAGCAUUGCUUGAAAACUAACAUUUAACUGUUGGUGUUGGAUUUUAACUUUGGAAUUUAAAAAUAAUACUCACUUGUCAAAAUUCAAACUGGUUGAGUUUAAGAACAUUUAUUGCUUCAGCAUAUCUCACUUGCUUUAUAUAUGACAUCUACUAUGCAAUUAAGUAAACUGCCUGUUAAUAACAGUGA